GCUUAUGGUUUUUUUAUAUUUCUUAUUAAAUCUUUAUAAAUAGCAAGUGGUCAUAGAGCCACCAUGCAGAAUUUAGAGGACUCGAGUGUAAUUCUUAUUAGUGAUUGAAGACAUGGGAUCAGCUUGUGCUUUCUUCACUCUUCUCUCAUUGGUCCUGCUUGUUGCUAGCAGUGUCGACGCAAGAAAAGACCAAGGAGAAUACUGGCAAGUCAUCAUGAAAGAUCAGCCCAUGCCGGAAGCAAUUGAAGGCCUCAUCAUCCACCGGGGCUCGGUGUCAUCACCUCUCUCCGACAAGAAAACUGACUGUCACACGACAACAGAAGCAGCAGCAAACAACAAUCAACUUGUCAAUGAUUCUGCAGAGAAGAAGCCUUUUGUGAAAGACUUUGAGCCGAGGCCAAAUAUUAGUGCUUAUCAUGACGAUAAAGUUGAUCUCGAAGGCAAGCCAUUUGUUAAAGAUUUUGAGCCGAGGCCAGAUGUUAGUGCGUAUCAUGACGAUGAAGUUGAUCUGAAAGGCAAGCCAUUUGUUAAAGAUUUUGAGCCGAGGCCAGAUGUUAGUGCUUAUGAACAUUGAAGGAAAAUCACAAACAUGCAUGGGAACUUGGAAGUGGAUUAUGUGAGAUAUAUCUAUAUGUAUGGUUGAAUCUAAAUAAUUAAGAAGCAAAUGUUGUAUGUUUAUGGGGUGUACUGGUUUGUAGUUGUAGCUUGAAGUGAGUGAUUAUGUUUAAUUACUCAAAAUAAGAAAAGCUUGUGGUCGUGAUUGAAUAAUAGUAAUAAAGUUUUGUGUUUUUUUUUA